GUGAUAUGACAGUGACAGUUGUUUCGGAUUUUCGUUAUAGGAAUUAUUAUGUAAAGAUUCUGUUUGGAUUGAAUACACAAAAUUCAAGGUCAUCCACUUCUUGGCCAGUAUGAGUUCUCAAGAUAUUUAUAAUCAAACACGCGAAGGUGAGAUGUGGACGUGCGUGGAGAGCGCUGCAGGUGCGGUAGGUGCGGCGCCGUGCUCUCGUGCCAAGCACUCGGCGACGCUGCUGGCCGGCCACCUGUACGUGUUAGGAGGCCGCGGCGCCGGCGGCUGUCUGCCGCUCAGGGACUUUUGGCGAUACUCACUUGCCCGGGGCGAGUGGGAGCGGCUGGAGCAGCGCGGGGAGCCCCCGCCCGCGCUGCAAGAGCACUCCGCCACCGCGCAUGGAGACAAGUUGUACGUGUUCGGUGGUGAACCCGGCUCCUCCUCCAGCGAGACGCCGCUCUGGAUAUAUGACACGCAAUUAUGCGUGUGGCGCAAGCUGCCGGGGCGCGUAUCGUGCGGGGGCGGAGCGGCGAGGCGGCGCGGCACGAGGGCGGCGGGGGGUGUGUCCCCAAGCGCGCGUCGCGGCCACUCGGCGCACGCGCUGGACGACUGCUUGUUGCUCUACGGCGGCUACAUGGACCUGCGCGGCUCCACCAAUGAGCUCUGGGCCUUCCACUAUGAGUCAGAGACGUGGCGCGAGGUGCGAGCGCUGCGCGCGGGCCCGGCGCGGCACCGGCACGCGGCCGCGCUGCUGGCCGGCCGGUUGUAUGUGCACGGCGGGCAGUGCGACCUGCGCGACUGCGCCGACCUUUGGCACUACGACAUCCUGUCGCGCGUGUGGACGUGCGUGCGCGCAGGGCGGGGCCCGGCGCCGGGAGCGCGCAGCGGACACGUCGGCCUGCGCGCUGGCGCGCACUUCUACAUCUUCGGCGGCGAGGCUCGCGGACACCCCACCAACGAAAUGUGGCGCUUUCAUUUCGCAACAGAAACCUGGGAGCGCAUGAGCCAAAGUGUGAAGUGGCCGUCGGCCCGCGUGGACAGCCGCGCGCUGCUGGUGGGAGGCGCCUGUGGGGGCGGCGGGAGCAUCGAGGAAGGCGAGCGGCCGAGGGCGGGGGCGAUUAUGGGAGAAGGGCGGGCAAGCGUGCGCGCGCGCGCCGACCCGCCCGGCGGCUUCCUGCGCGAAAUCUCGAAGUUAUCCUCGUUCCACCUGCGCCGCGCUGCGCGCUGCUCGUACAGCGUGCUGGCGGCCGUGGACCAAGACUCCACCGAGAGCCUCGCGCGCUCCGAGCGGCCCGCACUAGCCAAGUCGCGCUCCGCCUACGUCAUCGACGAGCGGCAGCCGGCCGACGGUGGCGAGAGCCCGCGCGCCGGCGACCUGCCCGACUCCCGCCGCGCGGACCUUGCGCGUGAACCCAUCUCCGUACCCGACUUCGCCGACAUGAUCCUACCGACGCCCGUCCUCUCGCCCGUCGAGGCCGCGAAGCUCGUCUACCUCGACUCCGAGGACGAGGAGGACAUCAAAAGGGAAACUUCACCGAACGGGCACGGCGAGGAACCGAAAACGCCAAAAACUAAAGUGAUCAGCAUUCCGAAGUCGGCGUCGGUGAGAUUUAUUAAGAGCGCGACAGGCGCGAGCGAAGACGAGGCGGAACUGUCGACGUCGGACUAUGCGAGUGCGGAAAAGGUGAACAGGAUAUCAUCGGGACCUUCGUCGCUGGGCUUCAGCAACCCACACUACCUGGGGCCGGACGUGAGGAACUUAGGGGUGGCGAUGACCCCGGACUCCGGCGUGGGGCAGGGCGACAUCGAGCUGCAGGAGCUAGGGGUGAGGCGCAGCGGUGGGGAGUCGGGCGGGGCGCGGGGCGGGGAUACUCAGCUGCACCUGCUGCUGGUGGGCGGCAAGGAGUCGCCGCACCUCGCACUGCUGCAGAGCCCGCUCUCCAUGUGGACGUACCGGCUGCUGUAGCCGGCAUCACGCCUUUAGCAAGCUGACCUCCGUUUAGUGGAACUAGAAAACGUUCUAUGUCCAUGACUUCUCUAGCAAUCUGCUAGUGAUAAGAAAGUAGCGUUUUGAAUGUAAAAGGAAAUAUACAGGCAACACACAAUAGGACGAUUAGAUGUAAAUGAAGUUAAGCCUGAAGAAAAUAAGAAACAUCACGAACAAUGUAACCAUUACCUCUGUUUUAAACAGAUAAGAAAUGUGACAGCAGCCAACUUGUUUGGAAGAUACAAGGAAUACGUUUCGGCUAAAACUGACGUCCAAAAUUAUACAAAUUAUUUAGAUGUAAGAAGUCUCCAUCAGGUACCGGUACCGUGCCAACAUUUCGAGUAUUGUAAGAUAGUUUUACAGUUUUUUAACGUAUUCUUUUUAUUUUUAAUGUUACAAUAUUUUUACGUUUCUACAAGUGUUGCUAUUUAUGUAUAUUGUUUCAGUAGUGCAAUAUUGUCCCUUCGUCUAACGACAUACAUACUCAAGAAACCUACAAGAUGUCUCCAAAUUUAUUUUAAUUGUUUUGUAUAUCCAUUUCUCCGGAUCCACAAGCCAACAUCAACACAUGCCAUGACGCUGAUCGCAUGAGACAGGAGCGUGUACCUUUUAUAACUGCCUUAGUGUACCUUUAAAAUAUUCAUUAAGUAGGUCUAUUUCACAACGAAUUUCAAAAAUGUGUGAAUCAAGCCGCUAAACGUAUCCGAGUACGACAUUAAAUGAGUUUGGAGACAGGUUGUACGUGCGCGUUAGUAUCAGCUAACACUGAGUAGCGUAUAGCGGCGAAUAGCCUUAGUUCUGUACAUGUUACAUUUUGUUCUCGUCUUUAUAUUUGUGUUACUGCAGAUGAUAUUUGUCACUCAUCUUCCAUAUCGUUGUCUCACUUUUGUCCAGUACAACGAGAGGGAUGACGACAUGUCAUCGAGUUCGUCACCAAUUUGUGUGUCCGCCCAGCAAGAAAGAAUAUGUGCAAGAAAUCGUAGCAUUAAUCACACGUAGUCCGAUUUAAAUAACUCGCCAUUAACAUGUGUAUAUCUGGUAACAUUGUCAAGUUGAAACUUUUCAUUCAGUCAACAAUCAGUAUUCCGAAUAGUAUUUUAUUUUACAAAUAUCAAAUAUGGUGGUAUUAUUGUAUAAUGCAAACAAAUCUAAGAUGUGCAUUAUCUAAAUGUUAUUAAAUAUAGUUACGUAUCAAUAUUCACUUU